AUGCCUCGACUUUCAAAACGUCUUCGACAAAGUACUCUAUACCGCUAUACCGCAAAAGGUGUUGUUCAAGAAAUGUGCAAAAUACGUGAUGAAGAUAUAGAAUCAGUUUGGCGGGAAAUAGAAGGUUCAAUGGCACAACUUCCUUAUGAUUGCAAAAGUAACGCUAAAAAGAAAUCUGAUCGUUUAGCAGCAGCAACAGCAGCUAAAACAAUGCCACCACCAUUUGGGAUAGAUAAAUCACCAACAACCAUUGAUAGUUCAGUUUUAGAUAAAACAUCAACAGAAAUAUGA